UCGUACGUGGACCAUUUGUAUUUUAGGCUGUAGGGUCCGGCGGAUCUGAUCCCAGAGUUUUGCUUUUCCAAUAGUGAGCAGAAGUUGUUCUUUGAAUGCUCGGUAAGAGGACAUAAUGAUAUUCCUGACAUAAUCGAUAGUAGAUCGAAGCUCAUCGUACAUGUUUGACGGGAAAAAUAGAAGCUCGAAAAGUUGUGUGUCUCGAGAAGAAAAUAAAAAAAAUAUAAAUGAACACGAAAAGAAAAAUAUCUUAUCAAUAAAAAGUCAUUUGCGAUUGGUCGUCAAACCUCAGCAAGUUAAUAAAGAAGAUGUACGAAAGAUCGUUUCGAUUUUAGAUCAAAUGACCAGAUGCAGAUUUCUCUCAUUGUUGCUGUUAGCAGCUUUGGUGGUGAGUGCGAAUGCAGCGAAGGGUGGAGGCCCUCGUGGGGCUGGUAGAAAUCGUGGCGGAAGAAGAAUGUACGGAUCUUCGGCUAUACCUAUGUCACAUCGAAACUCUGCAAGUGUUCGCUAUUACGAGAACAAAGAUGGUGCAAAAAUUGUCAAGGCUUCUCACUUUGAAUUGGAUUAUAUGUUAGGAAGAAAGAUCACUUUUUUCUGUAUGGCCACGGGAUAUCCAAGACCUGAGAUUACCUGGCUUAAAGAUGGUAUAGAACUUUACCAUCACAAAUUUUUUCAAAGCACCAUGCGAUACGCUACAUUCUUGAUCAUUUUAUUGACUAUUUUAUUGUUAAAUUCUCGCGAAAGUUUUGGCAGAAGAGGUCGAGCCAGAGCUAGAAGUAAGUCUCGCGUACAGAUAGGUCUACCUAUCACUGGAAAGUAUCGUGAUACGGAAAGUGAUCAAUAUUACAACAACGACAAUGGAGCCAAGAUAUUACUAGCCUCUCAUUUUGAUUUAGAAUACGUAUUGGGACACAAAAUAGCUUUUUUGUGUGUUGCACGUGGUACACCGAGACCGCAUAUUACAUGGUUCAAAGAUGGAACCGAGAUUUACAGUCAUCUUUAUCUGCACGUACACGAAUGGCAAGUCGGUCCCGAUAAAGUCAAAUCUAAACUCGAGAUCGAUCCUGCUACUCAGAUGGAUGCAGGUAUCUAUGAAUGUACCGCCGACAAUAUGUACAGCAUUGACCGGAGAUCAUUCAAAACUGACUUUUCCAUCGCUUUCGAUUAAAAUUGAACGUAACGCUCUAAAGAGGUAACCAUAGAUUGAUUUUUUAUUAGAUGAAAAACAUAUCGAAGUGAUUAACGUGAGAGACAACAAAUAAAUCUAGCGUGUUAUACAUUGAGACGUAAUAAAAGAAAAAAAAAAAGAAACAAAAAAGAAUUUGUUCUAUGAAAAUUGAACAGUCACAUAACUCAAUGGAAAUAUUAUUUUGAUUCAUAGGAAGAUAUUACUCACCUACGUUCAUUUUUAACAAUUUCCAUGUAGUCAAAGCUACGAGCAUAGAAUCCAUCGUCCGUAAUAGCACCCCAAAAAUUACUCCAUGCUUUGUACGGUCUAACAAGCAAGGGAGCGACGAUAUUUCUUUGUUGUUCGACCAAUAAUUUCAAGGCAUGUUCAUUAUCAAGAUGGGCAAUAGCAUCGACCGAAAAGUAUCCAGUACAGUCUUUCAAUAAGCAGUAAUCCCUGUGUAAGAAUUUCUUGAAUAUUAUGUUAAUCUUAAAAAGAUGAAUCUAUGCAUACAUACAGAGAGACACGCAGACACACACACACACACACAUUAAAUCGAUUAUGUGAUUCAUACAUUGCCAAAUUUCUCGCAUGGACUUCAUCUAUAUCAUCGCUCGGAAAAAUUUGUUUGACGCUCAAAUAUUCUUCUCCAAUAGUAUCGAUAAAUUCUUGUAUUGUCUGCUCGUGAUAAGGAACAUUAUUGUGAAUGAAAAGAUGCAAUUUAGAUUUUGGAUAGGUCUGUCGAUAAACGGAUAAUAAAAAUUCUUCUAAAAAUGGUA